AUGGCUCCACCAAAACAAAAGGCUUCCUUACCAAUGCCCCAAUGCAAUCAAAACCAUACUCUUGAUCAAAAUUGUACGUCGUUCACUUCCAACUCACUGUUGUGGCUCUCUCCGAAUGUUACAGAAACAAACACUAGUAAUAUCGCAAGAAGAAAUAGCACUGGUGGGUCAGCAUCACACUCCAUGAAUACGGGCACAUCGUUCGUUGGAGGAAAACCAAUGAACAGCAUGUCCUUUGGACUCACGCAAACAAGCUCAAAACUGUCAAACAAUCAAAAUAUUGGUGCUCACUUGAUGAACGAUCAAUCCUUUUGCUCAUUGUUAUGUGAAACAUUCCCUCACUUGAUAAGCCCUGAAAUGGUCUUAUCACCUCCUUGCACAAGCUGUGACCACACACACCACCAUGCAAACAAUUCUUCAUGUCUCUUAAAGUUAGAUGUUGAGAGCCUUGCCAGAGAGUUGAGAGCAAUGAAUUUCAUGGAAGACGAACAAAAUAACGAGUAUGACCAAGCCGUAGAUCAAGCACAUACUGUUUCGAGCUUCUCUUCUCCAAACGUCCAUGGACAACAAUUAGCCUCUAACUCGACAUCCACAUGUGGUUGGUCACAACCAAAUCAGUCGUCGUCUUCUUCUUCUCUUGCAAUACCCUCUGUAACAGUAACUCCACAAUCCUCACCCGAACCAGCUGGUUGCUCCGCGUUCAGCUUGAACGACCUAGAUGCCAGUGUAUUAUCUGAAUUAUCUGGAAUAUUGAGUUCCAAACACGGUAGUCCAAGAAGAAGAUCCAAAUCAGAUACAGGAAGAGCUCCACAAACAUUUAGCCCAGAUAAAAAGAAACAAAGUCGAAGAUCAAACAGUGAAGAUGAUCAUCAAGGAUUACUGGUCUCUUCUUCUUUCAUACAGAAAGAGAAAAAGAUGGUGCAAAUGAGAGGUGACAAAUGGUUAAUCCAUGUCGAGGACGGAAAGAAGAAGGACAAGAAGCAUAGCAGCACUAGCAGCGAGCUUGUUUUUCACACCGUCCAUUUUGUUGAUAGCCACAGAAAGGGUGCUCAGACUCCUGAAAAGCAUUGA